ACUCUUAUGGAGAACCAAACAGAGAGCAGCGGUCGCCGGUGCCGGAGAAUAUUACUGUUUCCGUUGCCAUUUCAAGGCCACAUAAACCCCAUGCUUCAGCUUGGAGAUCUACUCUACUCCAAAGGCUUCUCCAUCACCAUCCUUCAUACCAACUUCAACGCACCUGCAACAUCCAAUCACCCUCAUUUCACCUUCAAAUCCGUCCUCGAUAACGACCCACAAGACCCACGCUUUUUGGAAUUACCCUCACAAGGCAUAGCUGCUGCUAUGUCUCGUCUCAGAUUCUUCAAUCAAUUUGGUGCAGAUUCAUUGCGCCUCGAAUUGGAACUGUUGUUAGCUUCGUCGGAAAAAGACGGGCCAAUAUCGUGUUUGAUCACCGAUGCACUUUGCCACUUCACGCAAUCUGUUGCUGAUAGUCUCCAUCUCCCACGCCUUGUUUUAAGGACAAGUAGCUUGUUCUGUCUUGUUAUUUAUGCUUCCAUACCACUUCUUGAUGAUCGUGGUUACUUCAAACUUGGCGACACCCAUUUGGAGGAACAAGUGGAAGAGUUUUCUCUACUCAAAGUGAAAGACAUCUUAAAGAUAGGUAUCAAGAACAAGGAAGAUUCCAUGGUGAUGUUAACAGCUAUGCUGAAACAGACAAAAGCAUCUUCAGGAAUCAUCUGGAACUCCUUUAAAGAACUCGAAGAACCUGAGCUCAAGACGGUUCUUCGUGACUUUCCGAUACCAAGUUUCCUGGUACCAUUCCCCAAGCAUUUCCCAGCCUCCUCCAGCAGUUUACUAGAACAAGAUCGAACCUUUUUUCCAUGGUUGAACAACCAACCACUCAAUUCUGUACUGUAUGUUAGUUUUGGUAGCAUGAUUCAAGUGGACGAGAAAGAUUUCCUGGAAAUAGCUAAUGGGUUGGUGGAUAGCAAACAGUCGUUUUUAUGGGCGGUUCGACCUGGAUUCGUUAAGGGUUCGUCAUGGCUCGAAUUAUUGCCUGAUGGGUUCCUUGGUGAAAGAGGGCGAGUUGUGAAAUGGGCUCCCCAGCAAGAAGUGCUAGCUCAUGACGCAACAGGUGCAUUUUGGACUCAUAACGGAUGGAACUCGACAUUGGAGAGCAUUUGCGAAGGUGUUCCUAUGAUUUGUUCGCCUAUUUGGGGAGAUCAACCACUGAAUGCGAGAUACGUGAGCGAAGCUUUGAGGGUUGGGGUGCAUUUGGAGUAUGGAUGGCAAAGAGAAAAGAUAGCAAAUGCCAUAAGAAGAGUCAUGGUAGAUGAAGACAUUAGAGAAAGGGCAAGAGUCCUGAAAGAAAAGGUUGAUGUUUCAUUGACCAAUUCCGGCUCUUCAUACCAAUCAUUGGAGUCUCUAAUCGAUUAUAUUUCUUCCAUAUGAUCACAUAUUUUAUCCAGAUCUAUUUGGUUUUAAGAAAAUAUCAACCCUUUUGAUCUGUUUUACACA